CCCCCGCACCGCACAUAUUCUCUUCAACCCCACAUCUCCUCUCUCUCUCUCACGUUCGUCCAACACAACAACGGCUCAAGGGAUUUGAAGAGAAGAUGGGAAUAUGCAGCUCCUGCGAUUCGACCUCUGUUGCUACGGCUAAGUUGAUACUAGAUGAUGGAAGAUUACAGGAGUUUCCUUAUCCUGUCAAGGUUUCUUACGUUCUACAGAAGAAUCCCGCUUGUUUCAUAUGCAACUCCGAUGAGAUGGAUUUCGAUGACGUCGUGUCCGCGGUCAGUGAUGACGAGGAGCUUCAGCCUGGUCAGCUCUACUUCGCGCUGCCGUUGAGCCGGUUGAAGCACCGGCUUCAGGCUGAAGAGAUGGCCGCAUUGGCUGUUAAAGCCAGCUCCGCUUUGACUAAGAGCGGCGGAAAUUGUGGUGACAAAUGCGGGUGUCGCCGGAAUAUACUGGUGUUUCCAGGAGAAAAUGGUGUGAAGCAAUCCAGAAAGGCCGGCGGCAACGUAGGAGAGACUGGAUCGGGGGGGAGGAGAAAGAGCGGCGGAAGAGGGAAGAUCACGGCGAGGUUGAGUGCAAUACCCGAGUAGUUAAUUAGGGGCAUUCUCGGAAACGGAAAUUUGAUUUUUGUAAAUAUAGUGUAAAACGAGUUGAGGUAAUUAAAUUAGCGGAGCUACUCUCUGAUGAUGAUCAUGACUUGGAAAAAUGAGAAAAGAAAAAUUAGUGGGUGGUUAAAAUGGGCAUUUAUUCUUCUUUUUGAUAUUGGGAUUACAAUUUUGUGGCAGUGGGAGAUGAGUGUUGAUUGUAAGCAAGUAAAUAAGUAUACACUUGGGUGGCUGGCUUACCCAUUAAUCAUGCCUAUAUAUAUCAUGGCUUGAUCAUGAGAUAACUGGCUUUCGUGAUAAUUAAUAAUUAAAACAUGAUAUUGAGUGUAA